AUGAUGGGCCGGGGCGUUGUGGCGGCGGCAUUCCUGGUGCUGCUUGUCGCGCCGUUCGUCGCGGAGGCGAGAGGGCUGCGCGCGCACACCUCGACAUCCUGCGACACGAACUCCAAGGCCGCUCUGUUCCUCACGAGCGGCAGCGGCUACGCGUCUGCUACUGCAUACUGCGAGGCUGAGGCAAAGGCGAAAGACGCCGUCUACAAGGUCGUCACGGAUUGGGUGCACAAAGUGUACGACGCUCCUAAGCACGGCUGCACCGCCGCCGAGAUCAAGAUAGCCGUCGAAGGAUUCGCCCAGGCCACAGCUCGUGCCUUCGCCGACGUCCGUGCCUCGGCCGAGAUUCAGGGCACUGGCAAGGCGUGCGCCGGCGGCUCCGCCGAGGGCGACGCCUUUGCCGCCGCCGUCUUGGACGUCGCCCUGGAGGCCACCCUCACCGUGGUGCACGAGAAGCGCGGCUACGCCGAGAAGGAGAGGGUCCAGAAGGCCCUCAACCAGGCGUCUGGGGAGGUCUCCGGCAGGGCCGUGUCUGCUGCCAUUGCUUCCGCCUGGGCGGCCGCUUCCGAGUCGGUGUGCACCAAGGGAUACAAGGUGGAGGCGUCCGAGUCGGCCCUCGGGCAGCAGGUCCGCACCAUCGUGGCCAAGCUGUUCGGAGAAAUCGCCGUGACGCUCUGCGAGGAGCCAAUUGACGAGUACGAGACCACCGGCGAGAGCACCACUUCGGAGUCCACCUCCACCAUCUCCGGCGAGAUUAAGGAUGACGAGUUCGCUGUCGUGGAGGGCAACGCCGGUGUUGGCGAGGACGACGUCAAGCCAUGUGAGGGCCUGAAGGGCAAAAUCUGCUGCAGGAACUACUACCAGGACAAGGACACGUGCCGAUGCGGAAUGAGGUGCCAAAUGGAGACACUUGUUGACUACUCUCCCGUUACCAAAGUUAAGAUCUGGGAAGACAAGAAGGGCGAGAAGUGCAUGUGUGUCUACUGA